AUGGAGUCUCAGGAUCCACAGGAGGUGCCCCAAGUUGAGACUUCGAGCCCACCCCCAACCCUUCCUUUGAGCAACUCUCCACUACCUGAUAUAUCUGACAAGGAAGAGAACAUGCACCACGACCAACCAUUUGUCAACAUCUUCGAGGGAUCUCUCGGUUACGAUUACAACAGCCCCGAAGCAACGCUGGGCUUAUCUUUUACCGGCGAUCCUCAAACAUCAGAGUCUGUUUCUAUGUUCACAUUAAAUGACUGUGAAGAAGCCGAGAAGAUCAUUAUCUCUGCCGGUACGGGCACCAUUUCAAGCCCCUACCAGCCUCUCAGAAUCACGACUCCUAGCGCACUGCUAACCGAUCGCUUAUUCCAUCAUUGUAAGAAUCCCACAGAUUUGUAUAACGGUCAUCGAAAGCUUACUUUCAAAGUCAUAAAUACCCUCUCCCUCAGUUUAUACCCUGUGGAACCGGUCCGAAACCCGUAUCGAAAAGUGUAUGGCUCGCUCGCAAUCGAAUCUAAACCAUUGCUGGACACCAUCUUGUUCGCGUCCGGUUUGCAUCUCUCCAAACUGGGACAUCUGGAAAAAGAUACGCUGAAAUCAUUUCGAAUGGAAAUCAAGAGUUCGUUCCGGGAAGCUUUGAAGAAGGGACGAGGGUUUUGGGCCCUCGGGCUAACCGUGAUGCUCUCCGUUAUAUUUGAUGUGAUCGGAACAGGACUCGAUUCGUGGAGCUUGAAACUGGUCGGUUGCAGACGGCUGCUGAAACUCGGGCUGGCCGAGGCAAAGGGCGAUGUCGAAACAGACAAAAAGUGUGUACUGAUGCAGUUCAAUUGGAUGGCAACAAUGGGCCGGACGCUACUUGUUGGCAUUGAGCCUCUGGAGUCAAUCGAGGAAAUCAAGUGCAUCGAUGGAGAUGAGGUUUGCGAAACAUCGCCAAGGACGAUUGACAUGUCUUUUCAUCAAUCCUACUGGUGGGCGAAUAUGCCUGACUGGAAGAUGCACAUGUUGCUACGUGAAUCUGCUGAUCUUGCUGUGAAAAUUCACAAACUCAAGACGGCUGGCGGGAGCACUGAUCAGCUUCUGUCUGUCACCUUGAAUGUAGCUGAGCUUUUGGAUAAAAUCAAGUAUUGGCACCCUGAUAUGUCUUCCGUCUCCCCUGAGUACAUGCACUCGGUUCACCACUUCAACGAGAUAUGGAGACUCGGCCUGCUGUGCUACAUAUAUCACGACAUCUAUGCCCUCAGUUCAGAUGACUGCCGUAUACAGGAGGCGUUAAGGAAGUCGUUGAAUAGUUUGCAGAAGUUAUCUUGGCUUCAAGCAUGCAUGUGGCCUGUUUUUAUGCUCGCAGUACACGCGAAGACUGUAGAGAGCAGAGAUAUAUAUCGGGACGGGCUGAUGAGAAUGCACACCUCUUUAGGGUUUCAAGCACCUCUGUCUUUGGUUCUUGUUCUGAACAAGAUCUGGGACUGUAUUGAUGAAAGAGGCUGGAGACCAUGGAAAGAUGUGGUGAAAGAGUUAGGUUUGGAGUUGAAUAUCUUGCUAUAG